GCGGUCACGAGAGCACUGGGAGAGUGACGUCACUUUCCUAAACCGGGCAACAGCCGUUGAGUUGAGUCGAGUCCCGAGCGAGAGGCAGGCGAGAGUCUGUGAACAGCUCAACUUUUAAUGUAUGCGAGCCGAGUCGGGCCAGUGUGUAGCCACGGGCGCACUGUUUUCUUCUCCUUUAUGCAUCCUCCUACUCGACAUAGCUUAACAACAGCUCGCUGUUUUCUCACCGGUUCGGUAGCUCGUCUGGUUUGGGCAGAAAAAGCGGUUGUGUGACAGUUUCUUUUAUGUGUCCAGCCCUCCUCCGACUCCAACACAUAACAGGCCUUGACUAAGUGAGUGACUGCAUGGACUGGACUGAACAUGAAGAGCCUUAAAGCCAAGUUUAGAAAAACUGAUGUCAAUGAGUGGAACAAAAAUGACGAGCGCCUGCUUGCUGCUGUGGAGCAUGGCGAGUUGGAGAAGGUUGCAUCACUUCUCGCCAAGAAAGGUGCCAGUGCUGUAAAGCUGGACAACGAGGGCAAAUCAGCCCUUCAUGUAGCAGCUACACGCGGUCAGACAGACUGCCUUUCUGUCAUCCUGGCCCACGGAGCAGACCUGUCAGUCACUGAUGCUGCAGGCUUCAAUCCAUUACACCUGGCUGCCAAAAACAAUCACAUUGAGUGCUGCAAAAAGCUCCUUCAGAGUAAAUGUCCUAUCGAUGCUGUAGACAGCUCAGGAAAGACUGCCCUGCAUCAUGCUGCUGCCACUGGGAACAUCCAGACCGUCCAGCUGCUGUGUGAACUCAAAAGUCCCGUCAACCUGAAAGAUGCAGAUGGACUCACCUGCCUGCUGUUGUCAGCCAAACACGGUCAUGCUGAAGUAUGCAGCACUUUGCUGGACUGUGGUGCUGAAAUCAACGCUUCUGACAACAGUGGCAGGACAGCCUUGAUGCUGGCCAGCGAGUUCAACACAGUGUCUGUUGUUGAAGUCUUGGUUCACCGAGGAGCAGAUCUGUCAGCUGUGGAUUCACAAGGCCAUGAUGUCCUAUACUAUGCCAAGCUGUUGGGCAACUCAGAAGUCAAAACUGCCCUCACAGCAGCCCUGAACAAACAGCAGAUUUCAGAUACAAAGUCUCUUAAAAGUCCCCAGCAUGAUCAAGUAGCUAAGCUAAGUGAUGAACGGAUCACAACUCCCAAAAAACGAAAAGCACCUCCACCUCCUAUUAGCCCACUGCAGAGCUCUGGACCCUCCUCUCCUUCACUCAUUACCUCUACUGGGACCCCUGCAUCUGACAAAAGUGACACUCCCAAGAGAUUCAACUACAAGGAGGAUGAGGUUAGAGGAACGGUGCUGAAAGAAGAGGUUGAGAAGCUCCAUGAGGAGAGAAACAUGUUGCUGGAAACAAUCGAAGACCUGAAGCAGACCGUGGAGCAGACAGUGACUGGUCCUGAGCUGGAUACAAAGGUUGAGCACAAUUUUACAGCAUCUGCAGCUCUGGUUUCUACCCUGCAAGCCAAGAUUACCACUCUUACUUUGGAGAACCAGCAACUUGCAAGCAAACUUAAGAAACAUCCAUCCCUCCAAGGAAACGAAGACCUGAAGGAGACCAGUCGUCCGAACAGCAUGGCCUCCAAUUCUUCCUUCCACUCCACCCAGGAUGAGUUUGAUUUACUGCCACCAGUCCCCUCCACUACCCAAGUGGAAAGGGAGGAUGGUUCAGUAGGUGUUUCUGUCAGACGGGAGGAAGAAGAGAGUGAGGGAGGGAGAGGAGGGAGCAAAGAGGAGAUCAGGCUUUUGAGACAGGCAUUAGAGAGCGUUCAGAUGAAACUGCUCGAAACCAGGAAGGAAAACCGCUCACUUCAGGCUCAGCUGAAACCUGAGAGAGGCAGAGAAAGAGAAGAGGAUGAAGGAGUGAGGGAGAAGGGAAGAGAGGAAGAGUUGGUGGAGAGUCUAGCAGAGCUGCAGGCGAAGCUGACAGACACUCAGGAGAGGUACCACCAAGCUGUGGAGGAGGUUGAAGAGCUGAGAGCAAAGAUGGGAAGAGAAGAAGGUGAGCUGCUGGAGGAAGAGGAGUUCCAGAGAGGUAUAUCAUCCACACUUGAACAUGAAGUAAAACAGCUGAAGGCUCAGCUCAUCCAAUCGGGAUCUGAACAAGAGAAAGCAGCUCAACGAAUUGGACAGCUGGAGGAGGCACUGAGGAGAACAGAGGAGGAAAGACAGAGCGUAAAGGAGAAGGAACAGAGGAGUGCAAAGACUGAGGGGCUGUACAAGGAGGCACAGGAAGAGAUUAGGAUGCUCCAGGAGGCUCUGAGGGGCACAGUGCCUGUUGAGGCCGCAGCCAAAGACUUUGAAGAAAUGAAGGCUGAGCUAAACGAGGUAAUUGUUGGGCUGCAGCGUCGCUUGCUGGAACUCUCACACUCCUACAGCGAAACCAAGAAUCAGCUAAGUGCUGCUCAGAAACAGCUGGCUGAGGCCCGAGCUGAGAGCAGUGCUCCAUCAUCUCCCUCUUUGGAACAACAACAGCAGCAAAUCCAGGUGCUAAACAGCAGGGUGGAGGAGCUGCAGACUUUGCUAGUUGACACAGAGAAGAAGUAUUCGGCUGCUCAGGAGGAGAUUUCAGCGCUGAGGCAGGAGGCAGAGGCUCAGGCACAGAGCUCUGUGGCCCUUGCCGAUCACACACAGGUGAUGUCAUCUCUGGGAAAUGCCAUCAAAGAGUUGGAAAGCCAGUCAGAAGCCCUGAAAGAGCAACUACACCAGAAGACCUUGCAGGUGGAGGCUCUUCAGAACAGACCGAUGGCAGAAAAAGAUGUCAACCCAGAUGAUUCAGUCUCCCGUCCGGAGCAUGAGACCAUGCGAGAGCAGCUAGAGGGUGAAGUGAACCACCUGACGCAGCUCCUCCAGGGGGCCCUCAGGAAACAGGAUGAGAUGGCUCUGGAGGCUGCUGAUGCCUGGCAGAAGGCACGGGAAAAUCGUGCAGAGCGGGAAGCCCUGCAGGAGCUAGUGAUGUCGAGGGAGAAGGAGAACCAGACGCUGUCCUCCAGGCUGGCUGAGGCCCAGGACGCUGUGUGUCAGCUCAAACAGCUGGUGGAGAACCACGUCGCCUCUGAAAGAGAAAAGAACAAGAGGAUAGAUGACCUGUCACGGGAGGUGGGGAAGCUAAAGGAUGCCUUAAACAGCCUGUCACAGCUCUCUUACAGCGCCAGUUCCCCCUCCAAGAGACAGCAGCAAAACCAGCAGCUGGAGACGAUGCAGCAACAAAUCAAACAAUUGCAGUACCAGCUCGCGGAGUCAAAGAAGCAGCACCAUGACAUAGUGUCAGUCUAUAGGAUGCACCUCCUUUAUGCUGUCCAGGGUCAGAUGGACGAGGAUGUCCAGAAAGCCUUGAAGCAGAUCCUGAUGAUGUGCAAGAUGCCAAGCCAAGCCAAGGAGGCCUGCUGAGACACAAAGAGCCUGGUUUCCCAAGAGCAUGUCGUGACUGAAGUUGUAGUGAACUGCUGCUGUCAGCUGCAUCUGUCACCACAUGUCCUCCCGUCCGAAUUCACACGUUGCUUGUGCCGAUAACAAGCAAGGCCAACACAUGGUGCCUCUGGAUAAACCUUGAGUAUUUGUAAAUGAGAAAUAGGUUUACAAUUAUAUAUGUUCAUUGCCUUUGCUUUUGUCAUUUUGACCCAUUAAGAUCUAAAAUGUCAUCAAUCAUAUGAUAGAAGAUGUUUUUGGGAAACCCCAGCCCAGCUUUCAGAUACUGUACAUCAGCCAACUGACCAUUCAGAUGAAUGUAGGAGCAAGGGGGUUAUCUUUUGUGUACUAGCCAAACAUAUAUGUUCACAUAAACACUACACUGACAAUGUGCAGUAACUUUAAAUCACAUGCAGUUGCACAAGUGUGAAAAUGCAAACAUACAGUGUGUGUGUGCACUCAGACAUUAACAUACAUGUAUGCGCACGAAGUUUGAUAUGGUUUGUUUCUGUUACAACGUUGGCUUACAGAAAGAAAAGACUCAGUUGGCGCAGUUGUUAAUAGUAUCUAUUUUUGUGAUAAAACAGUGUUAGUCAAUUUUACUUGUCUAAAUGUUUCAUGGUUGUCCACAAUGUCCUGAUACCAUCUAAAUUAUUUGUGCCCUGAUAACAAUGCAUGUGACUUUGCUCAGCGCCAGCCCAAAUCACACAAAUGUGUUUUUUUGCCGCACUUCUAUGAAGAAAAGCAUGAUACUGUUUGUAUUGCUAUUUUCCUAUUAGCACAAAAAAUUAUAAAAAUGUAUUUUACUGAA